AUGUCCGCCACAAAAGGAAAGACCGCUCUGGCCCUCACCCGCGUUUGGCACCACGCUUCCGGCCAAGACCGCGUCCUCGGAAAUCUUGCCAGCCGUAUCGCAUACGUGCUCAUGGGCAAGCACAAGCCAACAUACGACCCGGCCGUGGAUGCCGGAGACUAUGUGGUUGUGUCGGACGCUCUCCAGGUUCGGUUGACGGGCAAGAAGGCCGAACAGAAGGUGUACCGUCACCACUCUGGCUUCAUUGGCGGUCUCAAGGAGGUGCCCAUUUCGCGUAUGAGGGAGCGCAGGCCAGAGGAGAUUCUCCGUCGCGCAGUGUCGGGAAUGUUGCCCAAGAACACCUUCCGUGACCGCCGACUGGCGCGUCUCAAGAUCUUUGCCGGCCCUGCUCCAGCCGAAUACCAGAACAACGUCCUCAAAACCUGGCGCGACUCGGUUCCUCAGAAGCAGGAGUAG